CGCCCGCGGGACGCCCGCGGGCUCCGGGGUCUUCUCUCCGGGGCCCAGCGCAGCCCGGUCCAGUGUAGCGGCUUCGAGCUGGGACGGGGCGGUCUGGUCCCGCCGCCGCAGCCCGGCCCACGAACUCCGGGGCGCUCGCGGAAACACACGCGGUUCUGUGUUGCAAGGAAGUGAAAUCAAAUGGAUGUUGGCGAGCACCCCAUGGCAGCAGUUACUUCGUUUCGCUUGUCCAGAGGGGACUCUAACUUGGAAGCCUUCUUUAGAAUGAAGAGGAACAAUUUAUCUGUUGUGAAUAAAGUCAUCCAGUCUUCACCAGCAGUGAAACAGCCUAAACUUGGGUUCUACUCUUCUCUCAACCAGACUCAUACAUACACUGUCCUUCUGGACUGGGGGAGUUUGCCUCCCUAUGUAGUGUUACACAUUUUUCAGUAUCUUCCUUUAAUGGAUCGGGCCCGGGCAUCUUCUGUAUGUAGGAGAUGGAAUGAAGUUUUUCAUAUUCCUGACCUUUGGAGAAAGUUUGAGUUUGAACUGAACAAGUCAGCUACUUCAUAUUUUAACUCCACUCAUCCUGAUCUCAUUCAGCAGAUCAUUAAAAAGCAUGCUGCCCAUCUCCAGUACGUCAGCUUUAAGGUUGAUAGUAGUACUGAAUCAGCGGAAGCUGCCUGUGAUAUACUUUCUCAGCUGGUAAAUUGUUCUAUCCAGACUUUGGGCUUGAUUUCAACGGCCAAACCAAGUUUUAUGAAUGUGUCAAAGUCUCAUUUUGUGUCAGCACUUACAGUUGUUUUUGUCAACUCAAAAUCAUUAUCAUCAAUCAAAAUUGAAGACACACCAGUAGAUGAUCCUUCUUUGAAGAUUCUUGUGGCCAAUAAUAGUGAUACUCUAAGACGCCUCAAAAUGAGUAGCUGUCCUCAUGUUUCAUCUGAUGGAAUCCUUUGUGUAGCUGACCAUUGUCAAGGUCUUAGAGAACUGGCAUUAAAUUAUUACAUGCUAAGUGAUGAACUUCUCCUGGCACUUUCAAGUGAGACCCAUGUUAACCUUGAACAUCUUCGAAUAGAUGUUGUGAGUGAAAAUCCUGGACAAAUCAAAUUUCGUUCUAUUAAAAAGCAAAGUUGGGAUGUACUCAUUAAACACUCCCCUGGAGUUAAUGUUGUUAUGUACUUCUUUUUAUAUGAAGAGGAAUUGGAGAUGUUCUUCAAAGAAGAAACCCCUGUUACUCACCUUUAUUUUGGUCGUUUCAUAAGCAAAGCAGUUCUAGGACGGAUAGGUCUUAACUGUCCACGACUAAUAGAGUUAGUAGUAUGUGCUAAUGGUCUUCAGGCUCUUGAUAAUGAACUUAUUUGUAUUGCUGAACACUGUAAAAACUUAACAGCCUUGGGCCUCAGUGAAUGUGAAGUUAGCUGCAGUGCAUUCAUUGCAUUUGUAAGACUGUGUGGGAGAAGGCUAACCCAGCUGUCUAUCAUGGAGGAAGUUUUGAUCCCUGAUGAUGAUUAUAGCCUAGAUGACAUUCAUGCUGAAGUCUCCAAAUACCUGGGAAGAGUAUGGUUCCCUGAUGUCAUGCCUCUCUGGUAA